AGUAUCGUUCAGUAAAACUUUUGCAUGAACCGAGAAGAGUCAGUCUGACUCAGGUUACUUUGUAGACAGGAGCUAUGGGUGUAGUUUCCUAAGUUUCAGACACUCAGUGUAGCCUAUUUAAAUUUUUUAAACCUGUAAUAGAUUGUUUCUAUGUGGUUUUUUUUGUUUUCUUUUAUUAGUUUUAGUUAUGGCCAUGUGUCGCCGUCUCUUCCUGGUUGCUUCCCUGUAUGGUUUUUUGUGUUGCGCAGGUGGAGCCUCGGAGAAUAGUGUAUCAAGGAAGAUCCAGGCCCUUGCUGGUGAUACUGUCGUUCUGCCCUGCCACAUCAGUGUCAGUGAUGACAUCCCAACAGUAGAGUGGUCCAAAGAAGGUCUGCAUCCAGACGUCGUCUUCCUGUACCGUGAUGGCUGUGAGACCCACGAGAUGAAGAAUCUGGACUUCCAGUUCAGGUCAAACCUCUUCAUGAACGAACUGAAAUAUGGAAACAUCUCACUGAGGGUUACCAACGUGCAGCUGUCUGAUGAAGGAACAUACAUUUGCAAGACGCUCCAGAAGCCGCAUCGGCAGGUCGUUGCAGUGGAGCUUGUUGUGGGUGCAGUUUCUGAGCCAAAGCUCUCAGCUGUUCCUGCUGUGGAUGGUGGAAAGACUCUGCAGUGUGAAGCCAACUGCUGGUGGCCGGAGCCUGAGAUAACGUUUCAUGAUGAACAGGGAAACAACAUCAGCGCUGAAACCCAGAAGAGUUAUCUAAACUCCAGGGGAUGUUUCACUGUCACAAGGAGAGCGACUGCUACCACCAACAGGGUCACCUGCAGAGUUCACCAGCCGCAGAUAAAUCAGAUGAGGGUCACAGAUAUUUACAUGCCAGAUGACAGCAAGAUAUCCUGCACUGUAAUCGUCAUCAUCGUUGGUCUGAUAAUCAUAAUACUUUGUGCAUUUAUUGCCUACUUGUACAAGAAAUGUGGAAAAUCAGCUGGGGGACAUAAAUUGCCAGACAAUGGAAGUACAACAGAGGUUUACACCCAGAGAAACCAGGCUGACAUGGGAAAUGACUGCAAUGAACAUCUGAGAUACAUAGAUGAACUGAUGUUGAGCCUUCACAACAAAGAAAAGAUCAUCGACCAACUAACUGAAGAGCUGAAAGAAGUCAGAUCUAAGCAGAGUCACGUUGUGUGCCAGCAUGACCAGCCCCUGUUUGACCAUAGUCCUUCUAAUCCCUCACCAGACGUCUCAAAACCCAAUAACCCACCCCCACACCAGUUUCCCUACGACAACAAUCCAAAACCAGCGUCCUCAACAAAUGGCAAACGUCCAAAAUCUGUCAACCUACCCCAGAUCAAAGAUUCAAAACCUGGCGUCUCAAUACAAUUUACAGCAGCUGGCCCCCUGAUCCAAAGAAGCGGUCACAGCCACAGCAGCCCUGCUCUUUUGACAGAUUACAGUGCUGUGUUGCCCGGUCCUUUUUCAGAGGAAAAUCCUGUUCGCCGCACAAUGAGCCUGUCUGUGCCUCGUCGAAACAAUUACAGGGCCCAACGUAGAUCCACCUUCUCCACCCUGUCUAAUAACCCGUACAGUGUUCUGGCAGAUUUGCCUGAAGAUUCGGAGCUGUUGCUGUCAUGAGAACAGCAGGAAUGUGAUUGUGAAACUAAAAUCUGUGGUGCUCGUGGCUGGGAGUUUCGGUGGGUUUUAUACAAAUAGUUGGCAUAACAAAUAUUUACAAAAUGCUUGGGACCCUUUGUAACUCGGUGAACUGGCAGCAGCUGGCAGCAAAGGUUUCAGACAUCUCGAAACCUUGUAUGUAGCAGUGUGCAACAUAUGGUGAUCUGACCUUUUUAGACCCAUCUUAUAAUACCCGUUACACAUGGAGUCCUUUUUUUCUCUUCAGGUGAAAAACAAUUUAUUAAUUUAAUAUUUCAGAAUUAAUGCAUUCAUUCUCGAAAUUUAAAUAUUUCAUCUGUAGCAAUAAGCUUAAAAAGUGUUUCUGGGGUUGUUUGUUUAGUUUUUUGACCGUUCAGCAUUAUCACAGUUUCAAAAAGUUGUCUGAAGUCAGCGAGUGGUCCACCUGGCUGUCCAAUUGCAAGUCACCCUGGAUGGUGACCCUCAGGACUCUUGACUCAUUGAUUCAGAUUUCUGGUAUUUAAACCAUGAAAGCUGUUUUUGCAGUUACUUUAUGUAGAUUCAUUAUCAUGUUAUCAACCUAAUGUAAAAUUUCUCUUUAUGCUGCAUUUUUAUAUGUAUUCUGUCUGUUCAGUGCAUAAUCUUUAUUUCAAAAGUCCUGUGCACAUUUCACAUAUGCAUUAAACUACUUAGGGAUAGAUUU